AUGAGUGAAUAAUUAAUUGACACUUUAAGCCAAUACUCAAGUGUAGGAAGCAACUACACUGAUUCAGAAGUUAAGAGUAGCGAUGCAGGAGGAUCGAUUUAUCAAAAACAGAAGAGAGUUUCUUAAAGUGGGUUAGAUCUAUCAGUAGAAUAAAAAACACCAACAAAUUUCAAGAUGAGCAUUGAAGUUGAAAAGAACUUGUAGCGUUUUUCAUCACUUUAAGAGAACUGUAGCUCAAUAAAUGUCAAAAAUAAACUAAAGGAGCUUAUUGAGCAGCAAUACACAAUUUAAAUUUAAAAUUUAAUUGAAGAGCUAAACCAAACUAAAAUAGAGAAAGCUAUUUUAGAAAAAAAGCUACAAUUGCAAGUCAAAAAUUAAAUAGAUUAUAUUUCUGAAAUGCGCUAAAGUAUUGGAAAUAAUAAUGUUAGAAGCUUAGAAGGCUAAUCAAGAAAUUCUUAAAAUAUUAGUUCAAAUAGCAUUAGUAAUUUUAGCAAUAAUCAAUAUGUGUAAGUACUAGAAAAGCUUAAAUCACAAGAAACAUAAUAAAAAGAACUUUAAUUUUAAGUUUAAGAGCUUACCACAGAGUUAAAAAUGGCAAAAAUCUCUUAAUCGUAGUACAAAAAAUAGAUUUAAAAAUUAAAUGAAAUACUAGAAAAUAGUAAAGAUCCAAAAAAAGUAGAAAAUAAAGAUGAUAAUCUUAGCAAAAUUAAUGAAUUACAGAAGCAGCUAAUUGAAUACAAGCAAAAAUAUGAAAGUCUAUAGCAAUAGAUUAAAAUUUAAGCAACUUAAGAGACUAUGCCAGAUGAUUUAAAUGAGUACUAAAAGUUAACUUAGGUAACAGAAUCUGAAAGUUGUUACAAAAAUAAUAUUUUAUUCUCAGAACAAAGCUAAUUGGAAUUAAAUAAUAAAGUAUUUAACAACAUAAGAGAGGUUAAAUAUUUAGCUAAUAAAUUCAUGAAAGAUGAAGAAAGACCAAUUAGCUAUCUGAAAAAAAACAUGAAUUGUUUCCUUUAGCUAGACUAACUAUAAAGAUACAAAAAAUAAAAAGGAAGUGUUUAAAAUAUAUUUUCUAAUUUUAGUCUGUAGACUUUAGAAAGUGAGUAUUUAGAUAACAAAGAAAAUUUAAAUAUUUUAUAAAAAUAAAUAGAAAUAGAGAAGUUUAAAAAGAAAGUAUUAGAUACUGAUAACAAUUAACUAUACAACAAAUUGAUAAGCCUAUAUUAAAAUUAAUGA